AUGUCUUACAACCGCGACAACGAAGAGUUCGGCGGCGGCGGCUCCUCCGGCCAGAACUACUACGACCAGAACGCCAACUUCAACGAAGAGCCCCGCCACGGCCAAGGUCACGGCCAGGGCCACCACGGCCAAGGUCACCAAGAGUACCGCGGUGGUGAGCAGGAAUACCGUGGUGGAAACGAUGAAUACCGUGGUGGAAAUGGCGGCCGUGGCGGCGAGCAGGAAUACCGUGGUGGAAACGAUGAAUACCGUGGUGGAAACGGUGGCCGCGGCGGCGAGCAGGAAUACCGAGGUGGAAAUGGUGGCCAUGGCGGCCAGCAGGAGUACCGCGAUACACGCUACCAGGGCCAGGACCAGUACAGCGGUGGCGACGACUUCUCGUCCGCGGCCCGUCACGCCAACGAGUCGCACGGUGAUAGCUCGCACAGCGGAAUGUUCGAUAAUGCCAUGUCUUUCCUGAACGAGCGCAAGAGCCAGUACUCCCAGGGCAAUAACGAGGUUGAUGAGCAGCACGCUGUGCAGGCUCACCAGGCCAUGUAUGGCGGUGGUAGCUCUGAGGGUCAGACCCAUGAUUCCUCGACUGUUGGUGCUGGCGCUGCUAUGCAGGCUUUGAAGAUGUUCACCGGUGGUGGUGGUAGCUCCAGCGAUGGCGGCUUCGAUAAGAAUAAGUUGGUCGGUAUGGCCAUGUCCCAGGCCAGCAAGCUCUGGGAUGAGAAGCAGUCUGGUGGUGCUAGCAUGUCCGGUGACAAGCAGUCCGCUGUUAACAACGCCGCUGAGAUGGCUAUGAAGAUGUACAUGGGAAGCUCCGGUGGUGGUCUUGGUGGAACUGGCGGCGCCAGUGGCCUUUUGAGCUUGGCUUCCAAGUUCUUCUAA